AUGAAAGUUGGCAUCGUGAACGCAGGCAAUAUUGGAUUGCGUCUGGGCUUUGCCUGGAUUCGCCUUGGCCAUGAUGUCAUGCUCAGCAAGGACACGCAUCCGGAACGGCUUCAAAAGCGUGUUCGACAAUUCGCUAUGGAAAAGGGCAUCGGGGAGGACGAGAUAGCCCGGUUUCAAUACGGGUCAAUCACGGACGCUGCGAAAUUCGGCGACGUUGUCAUUCUGUCGGCAUACUUCCCACGCUUGGCUCAUAUUCUCAAAGAGCUCCAGAACGACGGCAUUACGCUUUCGGGUAAGCUGGUGAUCGAUACAAUGAACCCGCUAAAUGUGGAUGCCAACUUCAAUCAUUACCAUGACCUCAAGUACAUGGAAAGGACCUCCGUCACGCAAGACGUUCAGCGAGCCUUUCCAGAGGCAAUAGUUUUCAAAGCCUUCAAUUCCAUGCCUGCAACGCUCUUGGAAGUCCAAAAGUGGGCACCUCGUCGUGUACCACCUAUAAUCUUCAUUGGUGGAAACCCAUCUUCUAUCGACACAGUACGAAAGCUUAUCAAAGACACCGGAUUCAAGCCACAGUUUGCAGGUUAUGAUUUGAAUCAUUCAGGAUUGCUGGAGCGAUUGGGUGUGUUGUUACAUCUGGUGGCUGAGAAUGAAUAUGAGGGCAAUUUCGAUGUCGUCUUCGAUGUCAUGGAAGGGAAGGCCUGA